AAUAAGCAAGUUUAUUCGUCGUUAAGAGUUUUAUUUUGAAACGCAUAACAGGAAGCAGUGCACCGUUCUCUACGUGGCUGGACAUGCUGGUUGGUUCGUCGUCGCACAAACCAACAGAGCGACCGGUGCCGUAGUGGAGUUUGACGUGGCACUCUGCUUCAACUGAGAGGUGUAGAUAGUGAAGAGGACUCUGCCCGACACACAGGUAAACACCAGCCAACAGAACAGACGUCAUACUCUUUCAUCUUGGCAUGAGAAGACUGUGAGAGACAUCCCAGCACCAUGAGUCAACAGGGUUAUGUCGCUGCACCCCCGUACUCCCAGGCCCAGCCAGGGAUGGGGGCAUAUCAAGGUGGAUUCGGAUCUGGUCCUACGCAGCCCCUCUACGGGCAUUAUGGAGGCCCACCUCAGGCACUCAGUGCUCCAUCUGCAGGUAUGAUGAAAUCAUCAGUUUCCCCAGCUGCUAGCGUGCCUCUGCCUCCAGGGCCCAGUCAGUACAAUCCAAACGUCCAGCAGAAUGGCUCUCAUCCACAAAGCUACCCGGCUCCACCAGCUGUGUCUGCACCGUAUGGACAACCACCUCACUCACUAUACAACAGCAUGGCAUCACCUGGCCCGCCUCCAACACAGCAGCUCACCAAUCAGAUGAGCUCCAUGAACUUAGGCAGCCAUGCCCAAGGACUGCAGAGCCCUCCUCCUCCAGCAAGCUCUGUUGUUCAGCAGCCUUUCCAGACACCACCUCCUUCAACAAUGGCUCCACCACAGAUGCCUCCAGGCCUGCAGUCCCCCCACAUGUCCCCUCUGAUGUCUCCUCCACAGUCACCCCCAGCAAGCACGGCAAUGGCAAGCCAGUCGAUGGCAGGCACAUCAAUGGCAAGCAUGGGUAGACCUUUCCCUGGGCCACCUCCUCCAGGCCUUGGAGGUUUCCAGCAACCUGGUUUGGGAUCUGCUGGUCAGCCAGGCUACCCCCCGCAAGCAGGUCAGUUUGGAGGAUACAUGGCUGGGGCUCACCAAAACAUGCCAGGACCCUUUACUGGCCCACCUCAGAAGAAACUGGACCCCGACUCUAUCCCUAGCAUUACCCAAGUGAUCGAGGAUGACCAAGUGAAACAAGGAGGACAGGUUUUCACCACAAACAUCAGAGGACAGGUUCCACCUCUCGUCACCACUGACUUCACGGUGACAGAUCAAGGUAAUGCCAGUCCCAGAUUCAUCCGCUGCACCACCUACUCGCUUCCCUGCACCGCUGAUUUGGCCAAGCAGUGCCAAGUACCCCUUGCUGCCAUCAUCAAACCCUUUGCCAGUUUGCCAAAGAAUGAGACUCCGCUGUAUGUUGUGAAUCAUGGUGAUACAGGCCCCGUCCGCUGCAAUCGAUGCAAGGCCUAUAUGUGCCCUUACAUGCAAUUUAUUGAUGGAGGGCGCCGCUACCAGUGUGGUUUCUGCAACUGUGUCAAUGAAGUGCCAGUCUUCUACUUCCAACAUCUGGACCACAUGGGCCGAAGGGUGGACUUCUAUGAGAGGCCCGAACUGUCCCUGGGAUCGUAUGAGUUUGUAGCCACUCUGGAUUACUGUAAGAACAACAGGCCUCCAAAUCCUCCUGCCUACAUCUUCAUGAUUGAUGUGUCCUAUAACAACAUUAAGAGUGGCCUGGUAAAGCUGAUAUGUGAUGAGCUGAAGACUCUGCUGGAGAAGCUGCCCAGAGAGGAAGGCAUGGAGACCUCAGCAAUAAAGGUCGGCUUUGUCACCUACAACAAGGUCCUUCAUUUCUACAACGUGAAGAGCGCUUUGGCUCAGCCGCAGAUGAUGGUGGUGUCAGACACGGCCGAGAUGUUCGUCCCGCUGCUCGAUGGCUUCCUUGUCAACUACCAGGACUCGAGGGCCGUCAUCUACAACCUCCUGGACCAGAUCCCUGACAUGUUUGCGGACACCGCUGAGAGCGAAACGGUCUUUGCCCCUGUCAUCCAGGCCGGCGUGGAGGCAUUUAAGGCAGCAGAAUGUAGCGGAAAGCUCUUCAUCUUCCACUCGUCCAUGCCCACUGCCGAGGCUCCAGGCAAACUGAAGAACAGGGAUGAUAAAAAGCUGGUCAACACAGAUAAGGAGAAGACCCUGUUCCAGCCUCAGAAAGGUGUUUAUGAGCAGCUGUCUAAAGACUGUGUGGCAAGUGGCUGCUGUGUGGAUCUCUUCCUCUUCCCCAGCCAGUAUACGGACAUAGCAACCAUGGCUGAUGUGCCGUCACACACCGGAGGCUCCGUCUAUAAGUACAGCAACUUCCAGGUAGAGACAGAUGGGGAGCAUUUUCUGAGGGACCUGAGGAAAGAUGUACAGAAGAGCAUCGGGUUUGAUGCCAUCAUGCGUGUUCGUACUAGCACGGGCUUCAGAGCCACCGACUUCUUUGGCGGCAUUUAUAUGAACAACACCACAGAUGUAGAGAUGGCAGCGGUGGACUGCGACAAGGGCAUGACAGUAGAGUUCAAGCACGACGACACACUGAGCGAGGAGACAGGAGCGCUCAUGCAGUGUGCCUUGCUGUACACCACCAUCAGUGGGCAGCGGCGACUCCGUAUCCACAACCUGAGUCUGAACUGCAGCUCGCAGUUAUCAGAGCUGUACAAGAGCUGCGAGACCGAUUCGCUCAUCAACUUCUUUGCCAAAUCAGCUUACCGUGCCAUAUUGAACCAGCCUCUAAAGAAUGUGAGGGAGAUCCUGGUGAACCAGACGGCUCACAUGCUGGCCUGCUACAGGAAGAACUGUGCCAGCCCCUCUGCUGCUAGCCAGCUGAUCCUUCCUGAUGCCAUGAAAGUGUUCCCAGUCUACAUGAACAGUCUGAUGAAAACUGCCCCCCUGGUGGGCAGCACUGAGCUCUCCACGGACGACAGAGCCCACCAGAGGCUGUCGGUCAUGGCCAUGGGGGUGGAGGACACCCAGCUGCUGCUCUACCCACGCCUCAUCCCUCUGCACAACAUAGACGUCAACAGCGAGAAGCCGGCCACUCCGGUGCGCUGCUCUGAGGAGCGUCUCACAGACUCUGGCAUCUUCCUGCUGGAGAACGGCCAGUCCAUGUUCCUGUGGCUGGGCCAAGCAAGCUCACCAGACCUCAUCCAGAGCCUGUUCAACCUGCCCUCCCUCGCCCACCUGCAAGGACACAUGUGUGCGCUGCCGGAGCUUGACAACCCUUUGUCGACGAAGAUCCGCUCCAUCAUCAGUGGCCUUCUUGAAAAGAGGUCAAACUCUAUGAAGCUGCAAAUUGUGAGGCAGAAAGACAAACCGGAGAUGCUGUUCCGUCAGUUCCUGGUGGAGGACAAAGGCUUGCACGGCGGGGCUUCCUACAUGGACUUCCUUUGCUACGUUCACCGAGAGAUCAGGCAGCUGCUAACCUAACCCGCUCCUCACGUUUGGGCUCAGUUUCCCCAACCGGACCGUGUGCAAACCUCUAAGGGUCAGUCUCAUUAGGUUUUGUUUGAAUCUUUAAGAUGAGCCACAGAAUGACAAGAAGAAACAAGGAACCAGGGAGAGCCUGUCGUCAAUUCAACCUCCAGAGUCCAAAGUUGCCUUUAUCAUCGUUUAGUGUGCCCACAGUAUGAUCUUCAAAUAACCACUUGACACAUGAGGAACUUUAAAGUAAAUAAGGGAAUGAAAUGGACAACACAUUGAGGAUUUCCCGCUUGGGUACUUUGUGUGAUGGACUGACAUCGGUGCCUGGGGCUGAAAUGCACUCUGGCACGAGGCCCAUCGGCAUAAGCAGUACAACACUCACUGUGUAUUCAAUCGGUUAAAGUGUUUUUCCCCAUUUUACUUUGUAGAUUUAUAGGAUCUGGAUUAGACAAGGGGUUAUUUGUGGGCCAUACUGUAGAUGUUCACUAGUCUUUGGUACUCUCCCAGGAAGACUGAGUAUAUUUCAGUAUAUUUCACUUUUUAAAACUCUCUUUUUUAAACAACAGAUGUUCAGAGAAUAUUUACAAUAUUUAAAGGUCUUGCAGAGGUUUCUACAUUUUAUCACGCAUUUGGUGUCUGACCAGAAAAUGCAUUUCAAUAAAUGUUUAAAACAUGUAUCCAUCGUUUCAUAAUUUAACAGAAACAACGCUGAAACAAAAGCCACAGGCUGCCAGGACCGAAGCCCGGUCCUGUUAUCGCACCCCGAGUGAUUCAAAGCGUUCGAUUCACACAUGCCCCCACCAAAGAUCUCAUUCUUUGACCAUUUAUGGCUUCACAGCAUGCAGUAGUAAACAUAACGUUUUGUUUGGGUGCUCUGAGCGCACAAUGAGACGAACACAGCUGCGGCUCUACACAGAGAACACGUCUGAUGAAAAGUGACACUUUUUCUUUUCCAAUUACGCGCGACUCAGAGUCGGUGCUCAAAACGGAAAAUAUUUAGUGAGGAAUUACCUCAACAAUCCAACAUAGGAAUUUAUAUAUGACUUUUUGUUGUUGUUGGUUUGGGCCUGCGCUGCCGUUGUGCUUCAACGGCAGAACGUUUUAAUUUAUACGUCGACUUUUCUGGCAGAUAAAAACAGUCGAGCUACUGUUUGACUGUUUGUGUCGGCUGAUCAUUAGUGUAAGGGACUAUCUGCUUACUGCAUAACCAUCCAAAAUCAUUAAAUCUUGUAUUCAGUGAUAACAUGUAACAUCAUCACUUCUGUUAAGAGGUACUGUAUUUGCAUCAGUGUAAUUAAUGUUAUCCAUUUGCCUGCUUUUACAUUGAUAUAUGUAACAUCAUAAAAUCUACACGUCUCUGUAUGAUACAAUAUAAUUCUGUAUGGUUUAUAAGCAAACUUAUCUCAGGUAAUUUAAGUACGUAGAAAGCAGUGGCUGGAAUCUGACUGGAAAGAUCGUUUUUGUGGAAAUUUGUGCCAGAUGCAUUUCAUUUCUCACCUUAAAUGUCCUUUUUGUUAAAAAUCCAAGUAAACUAUUGUCUUUAAAUGUUGCUCAACUUUGUGAACGUUUAUGUUUUGUUUACAAGUGCAAUUUAUUACAUCACCCUCUGACGUAUAUUAAAAUGAAAACUUCACAUCCA